AUGUUAAAUUCAGCCAGCAGUGCAAGUGAUUGGUACGUGGGCACACAUAUUAAGUUGAGUGGUGUGUAUCCAAUCAAUUCAUCACCCGUGACGGGCUCGCUACCGAUUGUUCGUGUGAUUGAAAAUGAGACGGCCACUAUUCAGAUUCCUGCUGCCGAUUGGGAUAUUGGACAAACGUUAUCAUGUCGCUUUGCUUCGGACACUUACGGAUACGGAACGGAAUGUCUUGAUGUCUGUGGUAAUUUACCGGGCGCGACAAUUUCAGCAAGUACUUGUACGAUGACUUGGUACGCUGUUCGUCGCUCGGCUGAUAUCUCUGCAAAUCGACAAACAAGUACUUAUGUAGCAGCCAUAAUGGUUGAAGAUUUUGCUCCGUGGAUCAGCACCACAACACGGCUGAGUUCAGUGCCACUUCAAAUGCUUAUAUUUGUAUACAAACGAGCAGCAGGAGCUUGCGCUACUGUUCCCAGCAUCAUUGGCGAUCGUCCAAAUCGAGCUUGCAUAGGUGUCGAUAUCAACUCACUCGUCAGUGAACGUGUCGUAGCCCAGACAUCCGUCGCACUUGUCAGUGGUACAACCAAUCAGUAUUACAUUACUCUCAGUUGGAUUCCUGUUACUGAUCAAUAUGGGCCACAGGUCUUUUGUGCGGCAGCAAUCGAUCAACGUCAACUAACAGGAUCACAAUAUUGUUUUACUUUUGUAGUCGGAUAUCGAUCACCUGAAUUGAAUACACCUAUUACUGUUCAAGGAUCUGCUUCUCCAUUGGGCACUGUCUUUUCGAAUCACUCGACUUUUAGUAUCACUGCAACUGCCGGUGUCAAUCGUCCCAAUCGUAAUGGUACAUAUAUUAAAAUAUAUUUGUUAUCCAACAAUACAUUGGUCUGGCAGGUUGAUUGUGGAUGGUCUCCAUUGGUUAUUUAUACUGGAACUACUGUCAUUUUUACUGUUCCGAAUCCGUCAUGGACAGAAGGCGAGACUUAUUACAUUCUAUUCGACAGUGGAGCUGUGAGUGGCAAUGUUUUUUGUGGACCAGAAUCAGCUCCAAUUAUAAGCAACGCCUAUUGGCGAUUCAAUAUUUGGCAGACAAGUCGGAGUAGUACGACUACAACGACGACGACGCCGCCAACAACUCAUACAUUGACAACAAGGCCAUUGAGUACCACCACACCGCAGCCAAAUUUGACAACAACAGGAAUUGUGAUAACUACCACUACUGUUAUCACAACUACGGUGACUACAGUGACUACAUCAACCACGACAACUUCGACAACUGCUACGACGACCCCAACGACGACUACGAUCGAUGAUAGUGUCUCCAUUAUAACGGCCAAAGAUUUUGAAGAGGCCUGUCGUGUUCCUGUUGCUGCCACUAAUGCAGCAUUGUAUGCUGUUCUAUUACCCAUUCAAGCUGCUGGCAUGUUUGCAUUUAUAAGCCAUUUUGCACAAAUAUACAAUCCGAAUCAAAUUCAGGCUAACGCACGUCAACAAAGGCGUGUUAGGCGUAUGGGUUAUUGA